UUUGAGAGCCAGCGAGAUCAGCUUGUGCAGGAGAUCACUGCUGCCAUGGACUCUGUUGUCUACAAUCUAGAUAUCUUGAACCGCUCAUUGAAAGACUCUAUACAAGUCGGAAAUGGCUUCCAGGAUGCCAGCAGGCUAUGGGCAACGUUCUAUGACGGUGCAACAUCCGAUGUUAAGCUGGAUGAUGCCCCGCGCGACGAA